AUGCGACUCGGCGUUAAGACGUGUAAUAAGCUGUAUAGUACUUCCACCAGUAUCUCUGCCGCCGCCGCGACGACUGCGGCCGCAACAACAUCGAUUUCGAGGAAGCCUCUCUUUCGCUUUGGUGUUAUUGCUGAUGUACAAUACGCUGACAUCGAUGAUACUUAUAAUUACUCUCAUACUAAGACCAGGCAUUACCGUCGUUCUGCAGAGGUUUUGAGAAACGCUAUUGGCUGGUGGAAUUCUUACCAAUCCCCUGCUAUUAACUUCGUCGUGAAUCUUGGCGACUUGAUUGACGGUCGCAAUAGAGGGCUGAAUAUUCAAGCUCAGGCUAUGAGAAAGAUCAUGCCAGAGUUUGAUGCUUUGCACUGUCCUAAGUUACUCCACACGGUCGGCAACCAUGAGCUCUACUGUUUUACUCGAGCUGCCUUGUCCGAGCAUCGAAUAUUCCCCCCAAGUCGUCAGCAGUUUUCCCUCACUCGUCCUGAUUCUCUAGGCCAUGACGAAUUCCCAAGUGGAGAUUCCUCCUGUUUCUACUACUCCUUCAAGCCUGCAGACAACUGGCUGGUCAUCGUUCUGGACCCGUAUGAUGUUAGUGUUAUGCGACACGGCGGGGGUCGGCAUGGUUAUGAGCAUUUCAAGGGUGCCGGUCUGGACUCGGAAGCUUAUGACCUUUGUCAGAGUCACAAUCCUAAUGACAUUGGCGGCAAGAAUGAUUUCUUUGCCAAUCUCACUGGACGUGAGUCCCGAUGGGCUCCUGUGAACGGCGCCGUUGGUGAAGAGCAGCUCAACUGGCUUCGACAUGUCUUGGAAACUUGUCAUCAUCGGAACACUAAUGUUAUCAUCUUUUCUCAUGUCAUAUUACACCCUGAUGCAACUCGUAAUCAUAAUUGUCGAGGACUCCUUUGGAAUUACGAUAAGGUUCUCGAGUCUAUCUAUGAGUUCCCAUGCACUCGGCUGGUUUUGGCAGGGCACAUUCAUAACGAGGUUUACCACCUGGAUGAUCACGGAGUGCAUCACUUAACUCUUCCAAGUCCACUGGAAAGCAUUAAAGACGAGUGUUCCAUCGUGGCUGAGGUGAUGACUUCGGGUGACAUCCAUGUCGUACCACAAGGAGACAUAACCGAACGCCUUCUACUUCAUCAGGAGCUUAGAUGAGGCCUCGCGGGAGGCCGCAUCUCCUUGCGUUCAAAUUCUUGUUAUGUC